AUGUCACCCAUCCUCCAAAUGCAGAAGUUCUACCCCGUCGCGGAUGUCACCUCCCUUGGAGCCGCCGCGGGGUCCCACUGCUACUCGGAGGAGGAGGCCGCGUCCACGGUGACACACGAGCCCAUGGAAGACCUUCCCGCUGAGGCUGUGCCCAAGGCCCCCUCCACGGAAGAUGACACCGUCACGGACGGACAGGGAGCAAUGAUGGAGAUAGAAGCAGCAAUCUCAACCAUCACUCCAUCAGCUUCUGCCACGACUGCUCAGUUCAUCAGAAAUCUGCAGGAGAUGUUUGAGAGGGAAAUUGGUCGUCUUAGAACAUUGUUCCCGCAGCAGCAGCAGCAACAACAUGUCGCCUUUGGUUCUCUGAGCUUCACAGAACUUGCUGCCCCCUUUAUACCACUCUUUGUGGUUGUUAGUAGCAUCAAGAGAGGAGCAGCACUGAUGAACAGGGAAUUUCAUCCCAUAGUGAAAAAAGCUGGAGAGGUUAAUGACUGUGGAUCUGGUCCUUAG